AUGCUGGAGUGGCACGACAAGUCAUGCCGUCGACUCGACCUAGUGGAUUUUGGCGGCGGCAGGACUUGCCUGAGCUGUGGUGCAACGGAAACCACCAAUGCGAAAUCGACUGUCGACAUACUUGGGCGAAUAUCUCACAGAACUCAGAUACGACUGCUUGAGCUCCAGCCAGGCAAAUGGGACGACAACCUGAUCGGCCGCAUCGAGACCAGAACUCUCCCCCUAGCAUCUGACUACCUUGCCGUAUCAUAUACAUGGGCGGAUGAAUCAGGAGACGCUACCAAGAGUCAUUCGAUUGCGGUCAAUGGAUACGAGCUGCCCAUCACCAGAACCUGCCAUGGUGCUCUGAGGCGCACUCGCGAGGUGAAUUCACCAGUGCUAGUCUGGAUCGACGCCGUGUGCAUCAACCAAGACGACCCUAUAGAGCGCUCUGAGCAGGUUUACUUGAUGUCGGACAUCUAUUCUGCAGCGCAGACCGUCUAUAUCUGCCUUGGAGAACCCGACGACGUGACCGACGCGCUCUUUGAGGCUGCAGAGACGGGUCGCCUGCUCGAUGACCCAUUGUUGGAUGAAGCAUGGAGCAUGACGGUCCGAGAGGGCUGGAACCAGCUUUUCUCCAGGCGUUACUUCAGCCGUGUAUGGGUGCUUCAGGAAGUCGCUCUGGCGAAGGCCGCGGUUGUAAUCUGCGGGAAACAUCGAGUGUCUUGGGGCAAGUUUCUGGGUUUCGCUAUGAGCGCUGAAGGCUGUUCAUACCCUCCCGUCUUGGAGUCAAUGGGCGAUAGAUUCUCCUCUCCCGAGAUGGAGUUGUUGCUGUUGGAUUGGGCACGUCCGUCGCAAGCUGCGGACCCUCGUGACAAGGUCUACGCCCUGCUUGGCUUUUUGCCCAGGAGGCGCAUCGGCACCGUCCAUGCAGAUUAUACCUUGACGACCCCAGAACUCUACAUCAAGCUGGCAUGGUACCUGGUAUCGUCAUAUGGGUGGUGCGCUGUGCUCCAAAGGGCCGGCAGAAACCAACAAAAGUUGCAGCGCCUACCAUCCUGGGUGCCCGACUGGAGUUCGCCUAGCGUUGGACCCUUGACAGGUGUAGCUUGGUGCAGCCACGCUAGGAACGAGGCUCCACAGGGCUGUGAGACCGAGAGAACGAUCAAUAUCAGUGGCAUUGUACCGUCCAGAUGGCUCCAGCCAUUGCCAUCUCUAGAUUUCUUUGACGGCACGCCCAUUUCUGGAGCUCCUGUCCAGUUCAAAUGCUUUCUGAGUCCAGGAAAUGCCCCAACAGGUUCGUAUCUAUGUUUGCCCAAGGAGUGGGUCCUCAACAAGCUGAACUUGAGAGCGAGCGCAAUAGACCCCUCUUACCUCCAAACGAACCAUUUCAUAGUAAGUCUUGAUUCAACAGCAGUUGCCAACAGCUAUAGUUUGAGGAGUUGUACGCCAUAUGAAGAGUCACGUCUGGUGUUUAUACCGAUACGGGUUGCAGCUCAGCUACUGACCCAGAGAGCUUCGCGUCUUCGGACAGUCACCUCCUCUGCGCGCGUUGACAGAGGCAACUUCUUGGUUCAAGUUGCGAUGGCUGGUGAAAGGAUGGGUACGGACCAUGUGAAUAACCCAGAGUUCUCGUAUCUUGUGAGUUUGGCGAAUCGCACAUCAUUCCGCCAAACCUUCGCCGAGGAGGGCAUUUGGAAGAGUUUAUACGAAGCGGGUGAACUGAAGUUCACUGAGAGAUUCCCAGAAGUUUUAGAAGACCCGGAUUUCAUUCUUCUGAAUGAUGCCUGGUGGCGGCUUAUGGUCAAAUGCUUCCUGGUAGAUGAGAUGAAAGUCACUAUUUGCUGA